AUGCAUGAGAUGUCGGAAUAUCCGUCGUCGUAUCUGGAACCAGGGAGACGUCGGCUACCGCCGACGCCAACUCGGCGUUCAUCAUCACCUCGCAUCCUUCCGACGCCCCCGCCUGUAUCACCUGAAUUACGACCACCUUCAGCAUCUCUAGAACGUCCGCCAUCCCGGCGAAGACUUCCGGUUCCUCCGGUUGUCGCCGAAAAUGAUUGGCCGGUGGCAAGUGCAAUGGGAAGAAAAUAUUCGGAAGCACAACCACCAUCGUAUAAUUCUAUUAAAAUAGUAAGACCGUUGUUACAAAAGGAAGAAAAUUCAUUCGAUCAUUCCGGCGGCACUCCAUCUAGCACAAAUGCACCUUCUCAAAGUUCUUCAUUUAUUUUUAAACUUUGUCUUUCUGAAUCACCUGUAUGCUCAACAGUUUUGCUUCCCAGAAGUUUUCAGUGCGAAGUGUCAUCAUUACAGUUGACUAGCAAAUCUAGUAGCGAGGCUGAAGAUUUGUCUGCUCUUUCGGCACAUGGAAUUGAUCCGUCGUUGUACCAAAGAGCGGCAACAGCCUUGUCAAGCUCCGUACCUGACAUAGUUAGCGAAAAUGUGGUGCCAACCAGUAGUUCUUGGCCAGAAAAUGAGCCAAGGCCAUCUGGACUCGGCUUGAUUCAAGCAACUUUACAACACUUCCCUAUCCGUAAACGUCUACGUGUCUCAAUUUUAAAAGCCGAAGGUUUGGCCGGUCAACUGAAACCUGAGCUGGAAAUUCAUGCAUAUUGUAAGGUGGCAUUGGUACCGGGCGGAAAAUCGCAAAAUUCAAAUGUGAAACGUGGUCGAAACGUUGUCUUUAAUCAGGAAUUUUUUUUCAACGAUAUUUCUACAGAGGAUUUGGGAACCAAAGAUUUAAGUAUCACCGUAUGUCAUCAAGCUGGACAAAAAUUACAGAAGGAUGCAGUUAUUGGUGACAUUUAUGUGCCCCUAAAACGUUUAACCGAAUUACACUCCAAAAAAGAAGUCCGAAUUGUCGAAGAGCUCAAAUACAGCUUUAACACUAAGAAAUUGGGCAAAAUCUACAUAACAUCUUGUAUUGAAAAAGCGGCUAGACGUUUAACAGUUAAUAUAAUAAAGGCUGAAGAUUUACCGAAAGGUGGUAUCACUGGCCCGCCGGGUAUGUGUUUUUUUUUGUGGUGUUGUUGUUAGUG